AUGAGAUUAUCGAGCUUGUUGCUGCUGUCAUCGGGCGUGUUGGGCGCGCCAGCCGUGCACCACAAGGACCGUCACAAUGAGAAGAGAGAGGUGGUCGUCGUGACCAGAUACGUGGACCAGACGGGCGGUGAGGCGUCGCAUCCGGCCGUGCAGAGUACGUUGAGCAGCGGGCCCGCUGCUACCGGUGCUGCGACGACGACUUCGUCGUCGGCGGCCGCUUCGUCGGCCGCUUCGUCUGGAGCCUCGUCUGGAGCCUCGUCCGGCGGCUCCGGCGGUGUUCAUGGCGAUCUUGCAGACUUCUCGGGGCCUAACCAGGAGUUCCAGGACGGUGUGAUUCCCUGUAGCCAGUUCCCAAGCGGUCAGGGUGUCGUGAAGCUCGACUGGGUUGGGCUGGACGGCUGGGCGUCGAUCAUGGAUCUCAACGGCAACACCGCUUCUACGUGUAAGGAGGGGUUCUACUGCUCGUACGCGUGCCAGGCCGGUAUGUCCAAGACACAAUGGCCGUCGGAACAGCCUUCCGACGGCAGAACCGUCGGCGGGCUGCAGUGUAAGAACGGGUUCCUGUACCGUGCGAACCCGAACUCGCAGUAUCUGUGUGAAUGGGAUCAGAACUCUGCCUCCGCGAUCAACAAAAAAUCCCAGUCGAUCUGUAUGUGCAGAACCGACUAUCCUGGCUCCGAGAACAUGGUGGUGCCUACCGUGGUCGACGCCAUGGGCUCGAAACCGGUCUCCGUCGUCAAGGAGGAUUCCUACUACCAGUGGCAAGGUAAGAAGACCUCUACCCAAUUCUACGUCAACAACGCAGGCGUCUCUGUCGAGGAUGGCUGUAUCUGGGGCGAACCUGGUUCCGGCGUCGGUAACUGGGCUCCUGUGGUUCUUGGCGCUGGUUACACUGGUGGUAUCACUUACUUGUCGAUCAUUCCAAAUCCAAACAACCGCAACCCACCUAACUACAACAUCAAGAUUGUCGCUAACGAGGGCUCCUCGAUCAACGGUGACUGUAAGUUGGAGAACGGCGUCUACACCGGCUCCGGCUCUGAUGGUUGUACUGUCUCCGUGACCUCCGGUUCCGCUUCGUUCGUCUUUUAUUAG